AUGGAUGUACUGUUAAAUAAAAGAAACAUCACUUUCGAGAGGCUUCGAAGAGAACACGCUAGCGCGAAACAACUUUGUGAACAGGAACCACCCGGGUUUGAAAUUCAUGAUCGGCUUCGGAAAUUAUCAGACCUGGAGGAACAUUUCGAAAGGAUCCAAACAGAAAUCGAAGAAGCAUCAUUGCCAGACGAUUUGUCAUCGGCUUUGAAUAUUAGGACAGAUUUCGAAAGGCUAUUUUAUGCAACAAAAAAUUUGUACAAUGCAUUAUUGACGACGGGAAGAGAUGACGCAGCCAGUGACGUAACAAUUGCUGAUCCCGGUAAUGAUUUAAAACAAGCAAUCCGUGUACUUCUUGAAACGCAAACAGCUUUGCUCACCAGACAAGCUGCAGCUUCAACGUCCAUAGAGGAGUUAGCUGUCCAGCUCCGAGGAAACGCAACCGAACCAAUGGAUACUCAAUUGCCGUCAUAUACUCUACCGAUAUUUAGAGGUGAUAGGAAGCAAUGGGCUUCAUUCAAAGAUUUGUUUUCCACCAGUGUCGACCGUAAAAAUCUUACAAACGCGCUAAAACUGCAAAUUUUAAUUACACACUUGGAAGGUGAAGCGAAGAGCCUUGUAAGUAACUACGCUAUUACUGAUGCAAAUUACAAGCAAGUUUGGGAUACUCUAGUUGAAAACUACGACAAGCCUAAAUUCGCCGUAUCGUCACUUGUGCAAGAAUUCUGCGAUCAACCUUUGAUCAAAACUCCAACCCUUGCUAACCUUCGAAGACUCGUAUCUACAUCAGACGAGGUAAUACGCCAGUUACACGCAAUGGGGGAACAAUACGAAACACGAGACCCUUGGCUCAUCCAUCUAUUACUCAAGAAACUUGACGAUAGCCUGCGAUCCCAGUGGGCUCAGCACAUUGUAGACAAUGAUUAUCCGACGUUCAACGAAUUGUUGCGGUUCCUCAAGCGAAAAUGUGAUGCAUUGGAGACUUGCGCUGCUUUUGGUACAAAGAGUAUUGAUUACAUGAAGCGUGAUAUAUGGAAAGACGAGCGGGUAAGUCAGAUUCCAAAGAAGGAAGUUCGAAGCUUAACAGUGGUUCAAAAUGUUCCAUGCCCGAUGUGUACUGAGGAUCACACAAUUUAUCAGUGCAAUAACUUCAAGGAAGCAAGUGUUCAAGAACGACGAGAUUUAGUUCAAAAGGCAAAAUUGUGCUUCAAUUGUUUAAGAUCGAAUCAUUUUGCAAAAACGUGUCAAUCAAAGUCAGUGUGUCGAAAUCCGGACUGUAAACAAAGGCACCACACACUACUGUGUCAAAUGGAAUCAAACGCAACAUCCAAUCAAAGUGAAAAGUCCCUGAUGGAAAUAAAAACAGAAGAUAAUAAUAUUCAGCAAAUGCACUCAUACUCGACCAGUCUUAAAACCAAUAGUCCAAAGUAUGUUGUAGGAACAUUACCCACAGCUAUUGUACGAAUUAAAGGAAAGGAUAAAUACUACGAGAUGCGCGCCAUGAUCGAUUGCGGUUCGCAAGCUUCGUUAAUUACAGUAAGUUGUGUUACACGUCUUGGAUUACAUCGAGCCAAUGGCAACAUUUUAAUCACUGGCGUUACUAACUGUGCAUCGGAGACCACAAGAGGUGUGGUGAACUUAGAAAUCUCUUCGCGUUUCAACUUCAACCCUAUUAUCAACACAAGAGCUUACGUAUUGAACAAGCUCACUCGUAAUUUACCACAGCAGAAAAUCGAUACUACCAGUUUGAAGUGCUUGGAAUCAUUGCCGUUAGCUGAUCCUGGAUAUGAUACACCAAGUAAGAUCGAUCUUAUUCUUGGCGUUGAUGUGUUUCUUUCAAUUCUAGACGAAGGAAAGGUUAAAGAUGAUUUCGGAAUGCCAGUAGCGGUAAACUCACUGUUCGGCUGGUUGGUUGCCGGUCAAAUCGGUAAUUCGUUUACUAUUCAAUGCAGUACUGCUGUCAUGAAUCUUUACACCGACAUCGAUGUUGACCGCACUAUACGUCAGUUUUGGGAGAUCGAAGAAAUCGUGAAACCUAAGCAUCUCACUGUGGAAGAAAAAAAGGCUGUCGAAAUAUUUCAAUCAACACAUCAACGUGAUGAUGCAGGAAGGUUUACAGUUCGCUUACCAAUGAAUGAUUCUUCAUUAACGCUUGGAGAGUCAUUGUCAGCGGCAAUUCAACGCUUGAAGGCAAUGGAGAGAAGGUUUAGUUCGGAUCCAAACUUCAAAAACCUAUAUAGUGAAUUUAUGACCGAAUACCUGAGGCUCGGUCAUAUGGAACGUGUACCGACAGAUGAAAUCAAUAUCGCGCCAGACAAACGAUACUAUCUCCCCCAUCAUGCCGUUUUAAAGGAGGAUAGCUCCACAUCUAAACUACGCGUUGUUUUCGACGGCUCAUGUAGGACCUCAACGGGUGUUUCCCUAAAUGAGAAGCUGCUGGUCGGACCUAACGUAAACGAAGAACUUUUUGUCGUACUCACUCGGUUUCGGAGUUAUGCCGUCGCAUUCACCGCAGAUGCAGAAAAAAUGUAUCGUCAAGUGAACGUACAUAAAGACGAUACUGAUUUCCAGCGAAUCGUAUGGAGAUUCGAUCCAACUCAACCAAUCGAGCAUUAUCGACUAUUAACCGUCACCUACGGGACUUCCUGUGCUGCGUACCUUGCUAUGGAAUCAUUACGACAAGCAGCUAAAGACAGUCAGAAUGAAUCGCCCAUCGCGUCAGAGAGAAUAAGGAAAAACUUCUAUGUUGAUGACCUUUUGUCAGGGGCUAAUACACUCGAGGAGGCGAUUAGGUUACAAAAUGAAAUCAUUAAAAUCACAUCGGCUGCAGGUUUCAACCUCCGGAAAUGGUCAUCAAACAUUUCACAACCGAAUACAAUUCCAGAACAGUCCAUACCUCUUAAAUUGUCACCAGAAACAGAAUAUGUUAAAGCACUGGGUAUUCAUUGGUCUCCAUUGGACGAUUCAUUUAGUUACCGUUUAAAACUAAACAUCCAUAACCAAAAUACCAAGCGUAAGUUGUUAUCGGACUCAGCCCGAUUAUUUGAUCCUCUAGGAUGGAUAUCACCCGUCAUCGUUCGAAUCAAAAUAUUAUUCCAAUCACUAUGGCUCACUGACUUGUCAUGGGACGAUCCUCUACCAGUAGCCAUUGACGACGAAUGGAAUAGAAUUAAAUCUACCCUCCAUCUGAUUGAAGGCAUACAUAUUCCACGGUGGAUAGCAAACCGUGAUGGUCGAAUUGAGCUACACGGUUUUGCUGAUGCGUCGGAGGUUGCGUACGCAGCAGUUGUUUAUGCUAGAUCGAUUGAUAGCAACGGAAUAGUAAACGUGUCACUAAUAGCAAGCAAAACUAAGGUUGCCCCAAUUCGGCAAGUAUCAUUGCCGAGAUUAGAACUAAAUGCAGCAGUUUUAUUAACUGAGCUUUUAAAACGAAUACUUGAGGCUUUCGAUCAUCUGGAGAUUCGUGUUUAUGCCUGGACUGAUUCUAUGAUCGUACUCGAGUGGUUGUCAUCCCAUCCUAGGAAAUGGAAAACAUACAUCGCCAACCGAACAUCAAUGAUAUUGGAUCUGUUACCUCGUAGCUCGUGGAAUCACAUACCAUCUGCAGAUAAUCCGGCGGAUUGUGCUUCGCGUGGCCUACUUCCCGCAGAUCUAAUUGAUCAUGUGCUGUGGUGGACCGGCCCAACAGUUUUGUACAACAAAAAUGAAAUGUGGAAUCAAGAAUCCGUUAUUACAGCGUUCAAUGUAUGUAAACAAGAUAGUACAGUCAUUUGUUCAUCAACAACCACCCUAAAGGUGUCGAACUUCAACGUAGAAAAGUACCUUCUGAAUCGUUCUUCAUCUUUGCUGUUCAUAAAGCGAGUCCUGGCUUGGAUAAAUCGAUUCAAGAAUAAUGCGUCAGCGAAGCUGACAGGAUUGUCUGUAUCAAAUGGAAAUUUGAAGUUGGUAGAAAUUCAGGAAGCGGACACCCAGUUAAUACGUUGUGCACAACAUGACCAAUUCAAUGGUGACCUCGAUCGUAUACAUAAGGGAUUGGAACCCUUAGACAAGCAACUAAAAUCAAUUAACCCAUUUUUAGAUGGCAACGGCAUAGCCCGAGUUCUGGGACGGUUGCAGAAUUCGCAAUAA